CCUCGCGUCUGUGGAAAAUCAGCAUUAAGCCUUAAACCAGCACUCUGCUCACAUCACGAUGGAUGAUCAACGCUAUCCCCUGCGCGUCCGUAUUCUGGGCAUCAUGUACAAAAACAACAGUAAACUGUACACGGCAUCUGUACUGUGGUCGGAUCAGACCGAUGUGAUUGUAUACAGGACGCUCCGAGAAUUCAAGCACCUUCACAAGCAGCUAAAGAAGAAAUUUUGCCAUCAGGAUAAAGUUCUGCCCAGAUUUGGAGGUUUAAUGUUGAAGCUGAACCUCCAGAGGAAAACUCCAGCUCAGUGUUUGCAGCAAGUAAAAUCUCUGGAGCGCUACUGGACUGAGCUGCUGCGCUGUGAACCGAACAUCUCUCAGUCCUCUGACCUCAUUAAUUUCUUUAUUCCAAAGGAAGAAGAGCUGCAGCCUGAGUUUGCACAAAACAGCAUAAUGAUUUUUCAACCAGAAGAUGCCAAUGGGCAACCAAAAGUUGACCUGAGUAGUAAGCGCUACAGUGUUGGGAACAUAUCUCAGCCAUAUGUCUGCAAAGUGUAUCGGUGUUUAGCUCCAUAUGAGACCAAGGACACCAAGAACAGAGCAUUUAGGGUGACUGUGGAUGAAACUCUAGAAGUACUCAUUAAAGAGCCAUCUGGAUGGUGGCUGGUAGAGAAUGAAGAGAAGCGCUUAGCGUGGUUCCCUGCUCCCUACUUGGAGUUGUGCGUGGAUGAAGAAAAGGAGAAAGAUGGACUUGACAGUACAAGAAGUCAAAUGCCUUUGUACUGUGCUAUAAGAAACUACACCUCUACCAUGAAGGACGAGCUUUCCGUGAAUAUCGGAGCCAUCGUGGAGGUUAUUCAGAAGUCUGAUGAUGGCUGGUGGCUAGCUAGAUAUAAUGGAAAAGAAGGGUAUUUGCCCUCUAUAUACAUGCAGCCAUACUCCAACCCUAUGUUUAGCAUGCAGAGAAAGUUGCAUAGCUCCAACCUAAAUCUGACCACUCUGUCAUCUGUGUUCUCUCAUUCAACCCACAAAUCUCACUUCCACAAGUCCCACUCUCUCGAAGUGCUCUCUGAGCCUCUGGAUGACAGUGCUUCGGGUCAACACAGUGAUUUCGGCAGCCGCAAGAGCAGCUUCAGUGAUGACACUGACUUCUGCUCCAGUUCCUCUGAUUCUCUGGGACAGAGCCUGUGUGGCUCUGAGUGGGAAGAAAUCCGGAGACCAUCAGAAAUUGAUGCAAAACCAGACAGUCCUAACAGUGCUUUUUGUAUGGAGUUUCAAAGCUCUACAAAUAAGGAAACCAGAAGCCCUUCCAAACUGUACCCAGAAGUGCCCCCUCGACCAAAAACCCAAGAGAUCCUCAACCGCUGUACCACCUAUACUCGCAAAGCAGCCCUCGAAACCCAGGCACGCCUGUUUAAUAGGACUGAGAUUCAGGCCUUGUAAAAGUAAAAGUAAUUUACUGAGAUGUUUUGUAUUUCUAGACUGCUCCCAUGCUGAUAUAUGGUUCUAAUGUUGUAAAUACUAUUAUUUCUGUCUGGUACAGUCACAGUGGGCGUAUUCCUGAUUGAAGUAAUGAAACUAAGUGCUUAACCAAUUAUUUUUAAGCAUAUAAUUUACUUCCGCAAUGUUGUUUAACAGAGCUUUUUCCAUUAAAUGACUGCAUGAUUACUAAUAUAGCUAGUGAACAACAGUAGAACCAUUCAGUUACUUCUACUGGAUGAACUGGUUCUAUUCUAAAGUUAGGUCCAAUUAUAAUAUGUUCAUGUUUCCUUGUUACAUUCGUAUGGUGUGUAUAAUAGGCCCUGUCAAUAGGCGUUAGUAUCAGACAGGAAACAGGCUGGGAAAUAGUCUAAAUAUAUUUCAUAGAUUGUCUUUGCCCUUUACCAGUUUGUCUUACACAUGUUAAAUUCCUAUACUCUGGCUCUCAGUAAAAUUAUAAACUGUAAAGCUACUACUUGACUCAAUCACUUAGAACUGUUGAUGGUAGAGUAUCAGGAUACUAAUUUUUUCAAAGUAGCCUUAUAUUUUUGUUAUACUGUAUAUACUGUAAUUGUUUACAAUUUCACUAUCCCACUAUUAUAUAUAAAUUAUUCAUAAAAUAAA